AUGAGCAAGCGUGUGACCGACGAGCUAGGUGCAAAGGACAUGGACAUUACAAGCGUGCCUUCAUCGCACCAUCAUUCCGAGAACUUGCCAUAUGUUCACAAGGUGGGAAUAGCUGCUAAGCAGAACCUUUUUGAGGAGUUCACAACAACUCUCAAGGAAACCUUCUUUCCAGAUGAUCCAUUGCGCCCUUUCAAGGACCAACCAAAGUCGCGAAAACUAGUCCUUGGCCUUCAGACUAUUUUUCCUAUACUCAACUGGGGUCGAGACUAUAGUCUUUCCAAGUUUAAAGGCGACCUCAUUGCUGGACUCACUAUUGCCAGUCUCUGCAUUCCUCAGUUUAAAGGCGACCUCAUUGCUGGACUCACGAUUGCCAGUCUCUGCAUUCCUCAGGAUAUUGGAUAUGCAAACCUUGCAAAUCUGGCUCCUCAAUAUGGAUUAUACAGUAGCUUUGUUCCGCCUCUGAUUUAUGCCUUCAUGGGAAGCUCGAGAGAUAUUGCCAUUGGACCUGUGGCUGUGGUGUCUCUCUUGCUUGGAUCUCUGCUGCGGGAUGAGUUUGAUCCCAUUAACCAGAAACUAGAAUAUCAGCGUCUCGCAUUCACUGCAACAUUUUUUGCUGGAAUCACUCAAGUGACACUUGGUUUUUUCAGAUUGGGUUUCUUGAUUGAUUUCCUAUCCCAUGCUGCCAUCGUUGGGUUCAUGGCUGGAGCUGCAAUAACUAUUGGCCUUCAACAGCUUAAAGGUUUACUUGGCAUACAUACUUUCACAAAAAAGACUGAUAUUGUCUCUGAUAUUGGAUAUGCAAACCUUGCAAAUCUGGCUCCUCAAUAUGGAUUAUACAGUAGCUUUGUUCCGCCUCUGAUUUAUGCCUUCAUGGGAAGCUCGAGAGAUAUUGCCAUUGGACCUGUGGCUGUGGUGUCUCUCUUGCUUGGAUCUCUGCUGCGGGAUGAGUUUGAUCCCAUUAACCAGAAACUAGAAUAUCAGCGUCUCGCAUUCACUGCAACAUUUUUUGCUGGAAUCACUCAAGCGACACUUGGUUUUUUCAGGUAUUUUGAUUCCUUACUACUCGCAAGUCAUAGAAAUAGCCAAUCCGCCUGCAGAGAUAAGACUGCACAUAUAACUGACUUUCUCCGAACUCUACAGUGA